UCCUACACUUCGUUCAGGACACAGGUCCGCUUAAAACUAUCCACCUUAAACACGCUUUUUGGGGACCAGCGCUGUAAGGAAUAUAGUCUCUGUUAAGUUCUUGCACACAAUGGUGGAGCCAACUAUUUAUUUUUCUUCGAACUGGAAUUACAUGCGCGCCUGAAACUUUGGCUCACGUUUCUCCUCAGUGACUGUCAGACCAUUUUUAGCUCAAACCAUGCCGGAGCGAAUAAGCAUUUCGGACUUCGUGGUCCUCACAAACGAGGACAUGUCUUCGCCGGGGACUUCAAGUUUCCAGUCCAAAAUGAGCGACUGUCGAAACACAGUUUCAACCGUGGAGGAGUCUUUGGAGACGGACCACACAACACUACAGAGGAUGAAGAAGAUGAUCAAAGCUAUACACACUUCUGGACUCUCCCAUGUGGAGAACAAGGAGCAGUAUGUUGAGUUGCUGGAGAAUCUGGGGAAUAGCCACCUGACCCAGGACAACAACGAAGUCUCCACAGGCUUCCUCAACCUGGCUGUGUUCACCAGAGAGGUCACAGCCCUCUUCAAAAAUCUGGUACAAAACCUCAACAACAUCAUGGCAUUUCCUUUGGAAAAUGUGCUGAAGUCAGAACUCCGGGACAGCAGACUAGAACUCAAGAAACACAUGGAGAAGAGUUGGAAGGAGUAUGACAUAAAAAUAGGAAAGCUGGAGAAGGAGAAGACGCGGCAGCUGGGUCUGAUCAGGACAGAGGGAUCAGACGGAGGGGAGGACAUGGAGAGGGAGCGAAGGGCCUUUCAGCUGCAAAUGUGUGAGUAUCUUUUGAAGAUCCAGGAGCUCAAGGUGCGUCAGGGCCCUGAUCUUCUCCAGAGCCUCAUCAAGUAUUUCCAGGCACAGCUCAGUUUCUUUCAGGAUGGGCUAAAAGCUGCAGAAAACCUUACCCCCUUUAUCGAGAAGCUCGCUGCUUCUGUUCACACGGUGCGUGUGGAUCAGGACGAGGAGGUAAAACAACUCACUCAGUUGAGGGAUUCUCUCAGGUUACUUCUGCAAGUGGAGGGGAAAGAGGAGUACCUGAACAGGAAGAACUCUGGCAACGGGUACAGCAUCCACCAACCACAGGGCAACAAGAAAUAUGGGACGGAGAAAUCUGGCUUCCUGCUCAAGAAAAGUGAUGGGAUCAGGAAGGUUUGGCAGAAGAGAAAGUGUGGUGUGAAGUUUGGCUGCCUGACGAUUUCCCACAGCACGAUCAAUCGCCCGCCAGCCAAGUUGAGCCUGCUGACCUGUCAGGUGCGACCAAACCCAGAGGACAGGAGGACCUUUGACCUGGUUACUCAUAAUCGGACGUACCAUUUUCAGACAGAAGACGAGCAGGAAUGUAUGAUUUGGGUGUCAGUAUUGCAGAACAGCAAGGAGGAGGCCCUGAACACAGCGUUGGUAGGAGACCAGCUCCAAGUCCAGGAAAGCGGGCUCCAGGAACUAUCCAGAUCCAUCAUCGCCGAACUGCGACACAUGCCUGGCAACGAGGCCUGCGCUGACUGUGGAGCACCAGAUCCAACAUGGCUGUCGACCAAUUUGGGCAUCUUAACCUGUAUUGAGUGCUCAGGCAUCCACAGAGAGCUGGGAGUCCAUUACUCCAGGAUCCAGUCUCUCACUCUUGACCUGCUGAGCACCUCUGAGCUUCUGCUGGCCGUCAGUAUUGGCAACACCAGAUUCAAUGAUAUCAUGGAGGCGGGCCUUCCAAAUGACUCCGUCAAACCGUUCCCACAAAGCGACAUGAAUGCCAGAAAGGAGUACAUAGUGGCGAAGUACGCUGAGCGUCGAUAUGUCCUGUGCAGAGAAGAGUCCGACCCCGGCAGGCUGUACGACGCUGUGAGGAGCAGGGACCUCACUUCUCUUUUACAGCUCUACGCUGAGGGAGCGGACCUCUCCAAACCCCUCACACUGUCUGACGGACAGGGGAUCAAAGAGACAGCUCUCCAUCUUGCUGUACGGCUGGAGGAAAGGAGCUCUCUGGGGCUGGUGGAUUUCCUCUGCCAGAACAGCAACUGUCUGGAGAAGAGAACAGCAGAAGGAAACACAGCUCUUCACUACAGCGUUCUGCACCACAAGCCGGAGUCUCUCAAGUUACUGCUAAAAGCCAAGGCAGCGCUACAAACGGUGAACUCUGCUGGAGAGACGGCCCUUGAUUUAGCACGGAGGCUGCAGCACGCGCAGUGUGGGGAGCUGUUGGAGCUGGCACAGAGUGGGAAAUUCAACUCUCAGAUCCACGUGGAUUUCAUGUGGGAGACGCAGUCCCAGGAGUUUUAUGACAGCGAGGAUGACCUGGAUGAAAGGGUGAGCCCUUUACCCAAAAACCGCUCCCCUGCGCCCUCAAACGGAAGCAGUGGAUCUGCUUUUGCACGAUGGAGUGUGAACGGUGCCAACGGUAAUGCAGGAAGCAGACCUUGUCAGACGUAUGAGAAUUUAGACUUCUUGUACAAAAAUCCUCCAGCCAACAGCGCCCCCUCUGUGCGAUCAUUGCCCCCACCACUGCCUGUUAAAUCCAUCCAGAGAGGUCGCUCAGACCCCCAGAUUUCGGUCACAACACAGGAAGGUAACCCCCUUCCACGACGCUGCUCUAACCCGCCCUCCAAAUCCUCCAGUCCCCAUACACAGGCGAGACACAGCCCUCCUUCACCAAAAACAGAAAACCAAGGCCAGGGGGCGAGAGCACCUAGGUCUCUCAAUGGACAAAGUGUAUUGCUCAGGGGGGCCCUACCUGGUGCUGGUCCUGGGUCUCAAGUCAGCAUCACACCUACAUCCUCGCAGGGUCACAUAGGGCCUGUCAGUUCAGAGAAGACCACAUCGUAUCGUCGGACCAGCAGUGGAGGGGGCAGCCAGGGGAAGUGUAGUGUGAUGUCUCCGAGCUGUGUGGGCAGCACGGAGGAGCUGUACUGCAGCUUAGUGGGGAGUAAUUCCAACCUCACCGCAGCUCCUGCUCCUGCUCCUGCUCCUGCUCCACCAGCCUCACCCACCGUGACCUGUGUCCCACGGCCCCGCAGGAACGCUAUGGUUUCUGGCAGCAGGCCACAUCAGAAGCGUGUCAAGGCUCUAGUGGACUGCAGAGCCGUCAGCUCCGAGCAACUGGCCUUUUUCAAAGAUGAGAUCAUUGUGGUCACGGCCACUAAUGACCCCCACUGGUGGCUUGGUCACAUAGAGGGGGAUCUAUCCAGGAGAGGGACCUUUCCUGUCAACUACGUACACAAACUAACAGACUGAGGGGACGUGGAAGUGUGAAAGGACUGUAUGGAAACAUGAGGAACUGAACCAGCAUGGGAUGCUUACUGGGAACUUAUCAUCACACAGUGGAUUGUAUCUACAGGAGAGGACGGUUUUAUUUUCCUGGAUGAACUCAAACUGAAAAUAUUUCCAAAUGAGGAAUAUACUAGCCAAGAGAUACCCGAGGAUAUAAAUGGUGCUGUUUUAGCGAUUUUAUAACCUUUUUAACAUUUAAUCAUUCUAGAAACAACACUUCUUAUUCCGGGCCAAUAUUAUCCCACUGUUGGUCUGUCCUUACCCUUUUCAAUUGCAGUUAUCUAAAACCAUUACCAGUUACAAAUUCAAUUUUUGCUUGGGUAGAACUGCUCUGAUGUCUGUUUAAUAUCUUUUAAACAAUGUAUUGCAGAUGUUAGCGCGAUCUAUACUGAUCUAGGAUUUAUUACUAGAGGAAAACGUACCUGCCAGGAGAAACCCUUUAAGGCACUUUAAACUCAGUGAGGAGAUUUCUUCUGAAGAGUGUGUACCCUGCCAGCUUUUGUAAAUAAAGAUGUGGCUGUUUUUUGUUCUAAGCGGAAACUUUUAAGUCUUUUAACUCACAGUAUACUGAGACUUUGAUUGGAGGUUCAAACCUGCCCAGUGUCUGUUGCAGCCUGCCCUGGGACUCUAAAAGGGCCUGCCAGUCUGCCUCCCACCAAACGGCAGGCGUCUGGGCAGAGAUCUGAAACCCCAGCCCAGCCAUCUUGACUCUGGGCAUGGCUCGCUGGCUGCACGGAGAGUGGAAGAUCCAGUUUCUUCUGGCUCCAGGCAUCUGUCUCUGGAGAACUUGGAAUCACGACAGUGUGUUAUAAAAUAGAAAAGACUCUCUGUGUUCUACCAGGAAAUGACUUUUAAAGAGAGCUUGUUAGUAACUGCACCCCAGUGCAGUAAUUUGUUCAGUGAACACACACAUUUACUGUGCACACGUGUGCAUUACAGAGGAUACACACUAGCACACUUGCACUUACUGUAUACACACAGCAGAGCUCCCAAGAUUUGGGAACCUAUGGGGGAGAAUGGACAGUUCUGCUUCACUUUUAAUGGUAGUAACAAGUACAAAAUGUAACACAUUUCACAGCUAACACACAUUGUUGUACAUACUUGUAUUAAACUGUCAUCUGAUGUACAAUAUAUAUACAUAUAUAUAUAUAACCUGUUUACUUAUCUGUUGUCCUCUAUAAAAUGAUUGUUUAAUU